AACCUCCAUCUGCUUCAAAUGUAUUUAUUUACAUUGAAGCAAUCCUAAACAGUCGUGAAACCCAUUAUCUAUUCUGAUGAGCAAAGACAAACCUUUGUGUAUUUUCAAAAAUUCAGCCCUCCUUUUAUUCUCCACAUUAUGGAAGCUUGUUUUGAGGGUGGGGGGGUUUCAAUAUUUUGGGGGUUUUGAGUUUGCCCCCCCCAAAAGUGGACUACAAACUGAAACCAGAAAGCUUCUGGUCUCGAAGCUUUAUUGCAAAGACAUUCUGCAAAUUCAUAAGCACAUAUUUUUGUAGUGAUUAACCCUGUGGAGCCUCAAUCCUCAUGGAUUAGUACUACUGGAAGGAUCUUCCUGUUAAAGGGAGGUUCUUCCUUCCCACGGUCACAAAGUGCUUGCUUUGUAGGGGUGUUGUCUAAUUGUUGGGUUUUUCUCUCCAACAUUGUAGGGUGUGUAUGAAGUGCACUGCAGCACCUGUUGUUUUUAAUGAAGUAAUAAACUGAAUGAAAAUGUGCAGUUUGGUUGACGUUGAUCACAAAGAGGAAAUCAUACAUUUAAAUAAACAUUUAGGUUAUCCUUGAUGUUGCAGUAUAAACGCUGCAAACUGGAAAGUUUUGCCGCGUGUUGUGGCAGUUUGGCAAAGCACCUUUAAUAACGGUAGAGAGGAAAUUAUUUAUUUAUUUAUUUUUAAUUAGUUUUUUUUUUUUUUUUUUUUUUUUGUGACCUAAAGGUGUUUGUGGUUUGGUAGCCAAGUAUAAAAUUGGCAACUGAAAUGGGGUUAAUGAGUACAGGAGCACCAAGCGAUCAGUAGAAUGAACACUUCUUUCUUUACCUAAUUUCCUCUGGGAUUAAUAAAGUAUUCUGAAUCUCAUUACCAUCCCAGUCUUGAUUUUUAUGGCCCUCCUCUUUAAGGAGAUUAAAGCCUUUCCUCUCCCUUACAAAAUCACCAGCCUUCAAUUAAAUCCUUCUCUCUCUCCACCCCUUCCACCGUCCUGCUGUCCUCAGGCCCUCAUUCUUGCCUGCAGCUUACUCCGUCUCAGUGCUUCUUUACAGGUGCAUUUGUCUUGCUUUAAAGGGAGUCAGUCACCUCCAGGACUUUACACGCUCUAUAAGCCCUUUCCUGAUCCAGAGGUCACCAGGUUGUCAUGGAAACACAAAGUAUAACCUGGUUGAUGGUGCUGCUGGGGUUGUACAUCCUGUUCAUCACAGGUAGGAACUGAAGUCAGCGUUGCUGUUAAAGCCCCCUGUUCAAACUGUGCUAAAAAACAGUUUGCAUCAGGUCUUCUUCUCCCUCUGUGUGCGCUCGUGCUUUAAAGUGUUAACAAAAUUGGCACAAUCGGACUCUGCUGACCAAUGAAAACCUCUGUGUGUGUGUGUUAUGUGUGUCUAUUUUUGGUGUACGGGUUUCGUGCGAACUUCCCAGGGUCGAGCGAGUUAGUCUGUUACACUGCAGUGGAAUCACUGGACUUAGGUUGCCUCCUGCAGUGGGAUUGUCCCCAUGCCAGUCCUAAUACCACCUACACUGUGCAGACAAAGACGCAGGGGGACCCGUGGCAGGAUGUGCCAUGGUGCAUCUGGAUCUCGUCCCGAAGCUGUGACAUCUCUCAGGUCUUCUCAAACUUUGAGCUCUACAACAUGAUUCGCCUUGGUGUUCACCUCAGUCCCAGCUCCACUGUGUGGCUCAAACCACGCAAGUUUGACUACAGUGACUUCAACUUCAGUCCUCCUUCUGUUUCCGUCUCUUUGAAAGACGACCAGAUGGUGGUGCAGGUGCACUUCCCCUGUGCUGCCAACAGGAGGUGCUCUCUGGAGAGGUGCUGUCCCAUCUCUAAGUUGAUUGAUCCCUGGACCACAGUGACUGUGUAUACUGAGCCGAGUGGUGCAGAAUACCAGAGCCGCACAGUCUGGACUCAGGAGGUCGUGUCGUAUGUGGAGUUCUCCGGUUUGCCUCUGGGUCAGAAAUAUUGUGCUGAGGCCAACUUCUCCUUCCCAACCUUUGCCAUGGCGGCUUCACCGAAAUCAGCCCCUCAGUGCGUUGAAACAGUCGCCAGUUCAGGGCUGCUGCCAGCGCUGUGUAUGGGAAUCGGGCUGACUUCCCUUCUUCUUUUCCCAAUUCUCAUCAUGUAUCUACGAAAAUCAAGACAAGCUACACCAGCUACUGAGAAUCAGCCCAAGGCUCCGUCGUCUGCUCAAGAGCCGAUCCCUUUGGUUCCUCUGUCCCCGGGUAUAGUUGACCCUUGUGAGAUCCACUUGGAGUUUAUUCCUGACCAUGUUUCCACUGAGCCCUUUUCUGGCAUUGUGUCCAAUCAGAAUCUAAAUCACAAACAGGGAAGCAUGCACUCCAGCAAUCGUCUCAAUUAUGACGCCAAAUCGGAUGAAGUGUACUGGGACAGCGGAGGGAUGGAGCUAGAUCGCGGCCUGGACUCUGGUAUCAGCAUCCCACCUGUUUCUCGCUCUUCUGAAGAGACAUGUGAGCCCCAUGGAGACUGAAAGGUUGAGAGCUUUCUCUUCGUGAAUGUUGCUCUGUAAGGCUGGAGUUUGCCUCUUUCUCCCUCAGGGAUGAAAUAGGAGACUAAACUGCUCAAAGUAUGGACUGGUCCAUUUAAAAUGUUUGGAUGUGUUUCAUCUAUUAUGGUCAAACACAUUAUGAUUAUCUGGAAGUUGACAACAAGUUGUCUUCAUAGAUUUUGGAAGCUAGACCUUUAAGCAAACAUUGAUGAGAAAACCCUAAACACAGGAUAAAUUGAAGCCUUAAAAACUAUAGUUUCAGAAAACCUUUUCUGCUGAUGAAAACCAAGUGAUAGGACUGAAACCUACUGACUAACUGUUAAAUAGAUAUCCAGGUUCAAAAAUGAACUGUAACAGGAAACAAUUGUCUUUUCCCCAGUUUGUAAGUACACAUACACAAAAUCUUUAGCUGAAGUCAAGAGCACCUGGUUAGAUUUUUUUGUCUACAAAAAAUAAAUAAAUCUGCAGAACUGAGUUAAAAAAAAGAACAUUUUCACAGGACUGGAUAGAGUCUUAAAAAAUGAGUACACCCCAUGAUUUGGGUGUCCAGAGGAGUUCAUGGUUCAUGGUGUUUUUUUCUGUUUUAGUUUUUCUGUGAAGAACUUUGUGAUUUUUGUCUUGAAAGGUGCUAUACAAAUAAAAUUUUACUUUACUUACUUACACAAUGACUCCAAGGUGUCCAGGUCCUGUGCCUGCAAAACAAGUCUAAAUCAUCACCCGUGCAUCACCGUGUGUCACAGUGGCUAUGACGUGUUUGGUUUUCUCCAAAUGUGGUGCUGUACUUCAUGGCCACACAUCUCCAUUUAGGUCGCAUCUGUCCAAAGAACAUUGUUCCAGAACUUCUGUGGUUUGUUCAGAAGCAACUUUGCAACCUCAGCCGAGCUGCCUGGGGUUG